CGCUGAUAGAGGCCUUUAGUCCUCUCUCUUGUCGUGUAGGUUUUUUUAGUGUUUUGAGAGGGAAAAGUGUGUCAGUUUGACCCUGAGUGGCUGACGGGAUGCAGAGAGUCGUGAAUCUGCUGUCUGUGUUGGUCCUUGGGUCGGCCUGGACCCUGAGAGCCAAUCAUGUGGACCCAGGACCUCUUGUAGUCCCACAGGAGAGCUUUGAUGUGGGCCAGUUCAUGGGGAGAUGGUAUGAAGUAGCAGUGAUUUCUACCUGCCCUAACUUUAUGCAGAGGAAGAGAGGAAAUCCUGUCAUAGUUGCAAUGGAGCUGCAGCAAACUACCUCUGAGGACAGCUUCACCAUGACCUCUACUACCUUCAGGAAUGGUUCAUGUAAGCAGACAUCAACAGAUUAUAGUCUGACCAACACUCCUGGAGGAUUCUUCCAUCAUGUUGCAAGGUUUGGGGUGGAUGUGGAUUCCUUUGUGGUUCAUACAAACUACACUGAUUUUGCCAAGAUGAUCCAGCUAAGCACAGAGAAACCAUCAGGAAAUAAAACUACAAUAGCCAAGCUUUUUAGUCGAACUAUGAAUGUGGAUUCUGCUGUGUUAAAUGACUUCAAAUCGCUGGUCAGACAACAUGGAAUGAGUGAUGACGAUAUCAUCAUAAACCAGAGCAAAGGUGAUUGUGAACCAGGUGUCAGGACAAAGCCAGUGUCGACUGAACCACAGGUACCUGCUGCAUUAUUAUGAACGAGGGAAAGUGGUGCCAGAUGUGGCUCCUGCUCAUGAAGGGGUGAUGUUUGGUGAGAAGAUAAGCAACAUCACACCCAUCAUUUAUACUGGGACAGCGGUUUAAAAUUUAUACCAAAGAAUAAAGCUGUUUUUUACUACUGUAUCUCAUGUAUUUACAAAACUCCUAAAGGCAUAAGACCUACAGGAAAACACUUCAGCAUGCACAAAGUCCUUUAACGGCUUUUAAUCUGGGCAGAACAGCAGUGUACAGCGAACAGACCAGCAGCUAACACAUUUCACAAGUCUUCAUAAGUGUUGCAGACAAUGUGCAGAAAUGCUCCUCAGUAAAGUGCAUUUUUAACAAUAUAACUUUUUCCCAGAAGAUACCAAACACAAAAGAGGGACAUUCAAUACUGUGUAACUUGUAAUAAAGGGGCAUGACCAGAUAGGCUGUUUAAUUCUGCCCCAUUUUACAAACAUUAUGUGGUUUAUGUUUUUCCUGAUGCCUUGUUUAUUUUCCCCUCUUUAAUAUUUGUGAUCAAUUGUUAGACAUAAAAUAAACUUCAUCCUGUCCCUUUUCAAACAUUUACUGUUUGUUUCAGGUUAAAUAUGUUUGCUGAUAUUAUUGUAUAGGUUCACUUUAUCACUGUAUACUGUGUAUCUUUUUUGUGUUUAUCAGUCAAUAAAGAAUUUUUAAA